ACUUUUAAAUAAAAUGCCAGGCCCGUGUCCAAAUGAAUUUAUUGGUUACAAACAGUUUGGAAAUGCAAAUAAAAUGUCCCAGUUUAGCUGAAUUCAGCCAGCAGGCCAUGUAAUUCAGGCUAAAAGGUGUCCACGCGUGAUAAGGUAGCUUAUUGUCGUGACCUUGAGGACUUUCUACCAACAAAAACUCCCUGUGUGAAUAAGGAGAGUGAGUUUGAGGCAGAAGAAAACACUGAUAAGCUGCUUCUACCGCACACAUAAAGCCCAACAAUGGGUAGAGGAGGAGGAGGAGGAGGACCCCGCCAGACUGAGACUUUAAUUGAGCCCCCUCCCCUCUUCUCCACUAUACCUCCACUCCUCCUCCUCCUCCCUCUCCCCUCAGUCUCCUCAGUCUCCUCCGGGGUUGCUCGCUAACUUCUCGUCUACACUCCACUUCACUCCACAUUAUUUUAGGACUGGAUACGACGAGCAGGAGCACAAAGACAUGGCUACUCUACUCAGAACACUUCUAACGCUGUUUCUUCAGAUGUGCCUCCUCCAUGUGAGCGCAUGGGCCAAGGUGGAGGUGACUGUCCAUGAAAAUGUGGAGGUUUACCUGGGUGACUCGGCACAGAUUCCCUGCCAGUACAGCUUCACUGACACCAACAACCAGCCCAGCUUUGUCAUGAUCCAGUGGUUUGUGAGAGCUGUAGGAAGCAGCUCACGUGUUCGGAUCUUCUACCUUGAUGCCAAAGAGCGGAUUGCGGACAAUGACACAGACUACUCCGGCCGGAUCCAUGUGACUUCAGACCAGCAUGGAGCCCAACUCACAAUUCUGGAUGUGGAACUCUCUGAUCAGAGGGAGUUCUUCUGUCAGGUUAACGGUUUGGCUGCCGGGAACGCUGAGGGCAAGACCCACCUCAGAGUGUUUGCUCCUCCUGAGGCUCCAGUGAUUGAAGCUGUCCCGACUGGAAUAUCUGUGACCAAUGAGGUCCCAUCAAAGGUUGCAUCAUGUGAGGCUCGCAACGGCUUUCCUAAACCCAACAUCACCUGGUAUAGAAACGGCAUGCCACUGGUACCUGAACCAGGACAUGUGAACGUGUUGAUCCUGGUCACCCGGGAGUCCAAUGGUUUCCACUCGCUCCAGAGCACGCUGGAGUACAAGGUUGUCAAAGAGGACAAAGACGCUCAUUUCUCCUGUGAGGUCAGCUUCUUCGUCCCUUCAGCCAUCAGGACGGUGGAGUCCAGCAGCAUCAACAUCACCGUUCACUACCCCACCACCAUGGUGGAACUGUGGAAGGACUCGCCCCAGGGCCUGGUCAAAGAGGGGGAUACUGUGGAGCUGCGUUGCCAGGGUGAUGGCAACCCCCCACCGCCCUUCAUUUUCAGCAGAGAACAAGAGCCCGAUGUGGACUUAGAGAGCAGCGGUGAUGUGUUGAUCCUGUCCCCGGUGUCUCGGAAAGACAGCAGCAUCUACCAGUGUCGGCCUCUGGACGCUGACGGAGACUUUGAGGUCAAAGGAGAGAUGCAGCUCACUGUGCACUAUUUGGACCCGGCUGUUGUCGUACCUAAAGACUCUGAAGUCAUGCUCAAAGGAGAAGAUCUGACUGCAACGUGCAACGCGCUGUCCUCCCUGAAAACACACACCGUUUGGUACAAGAAUGGGCAACAGGUGGGAAAAGGAAACACACUGCAGCUGAGGGACGCCACCUAUGAAACAUCUGGAGAGUACGUGUGCGAGGUGACGGUUCCCUCCCUGCCUGCCUUGCACACCAGCGGCUCCGUUCGCAUCAUCGUCCAAGGUGGUCCCCAGAUGGUGGGCAUGGAUCAGGAGGUGCAGCUUGAGGAGGCUGCAGGAAGGAUGGUGAACCUGAGCUGUGAGGCUCAGGGUCAUCCACUACCCAGCAUCUCCUGGAACAUUAUCGGCAGCCAGAACUGGCAGGAAGUGGUGAUCAAGGCAAACGAGCACAUGACCCACAGCGUGGUGUCAGUCAAAGUCACCUCGGACAUCAGCGCUCUCUGCAACGCUUCCAAUGACAUGGGGACCGAGGUCAAGGCUUUCAGCAUCAAAGCCAUUCCCAGACUCACCUCCACCGCUCCCUUCUCUCCCGCCGAGGGCAGCGGCGUGAUCAUCGUGGUGAUCAUUCUGUCCCUGCUGCUGCUCGCCAUCCUCGGCAGCGUCCUCUACUUCCUGCACAAGAAGGGGAAGAUCCCCUGUGGACGCUCAGGGAAACAGGAGAUCACCAAAGAGAAGACCACCAAAGAUGACAUUGUUGUGGAGAUGAAGAGCAACACAAAGACUGAGGACACCGUCCUUCUAAAGGCCGUCAAUGGAGACAAAAAGGGCCCCAAUGAGCAGUAAAGCAGUGAUGUUGUGCAGCAGGAAGCCGCACACACACAAAGCCAGCGGUCAGUGUGUGUGUGUGUGUGUUGGAGCAGAAGAGAGGCUCCCACUGAUCAGAGACCUGCAGGGUAACACCACAUCACAGCCUGGACGUCCCUCAAUCAUGCUUUGUUCUCAGCAGUAUUCGGCAGAUUUCACAUACAUACACACACACACACACACACAUUACACACACACACAUUACACACACACAGGUUUGUAUGUACAGCUGUGUAUUUCCUUUCGAGCGGAUGUUCCCUCCUUUGACAUUCACUUUCUUUGUUUGUUUCGGAUUAUUUCCUCAAACUGUGUUCAGCGUUUUCUCGGCUGUUGUUCGGCGUGCGUCUGCGAUGAUGUCAUGUACGCAUCAUCAGCUCCUGUUUUAGUUUUUUUCUAUGAAAGUGUAUAUAUUAUAUAUAUUUUGUUAUUUAAGAUAUUUUGGCACUCAGAUUCUCGGUGGUCGGUGGCGUCUGGGUCGUGUGCAUGUUGAUCCGUGUUCAUGGGUCCAGGCGAGUUUCAGGACAGGAAAUGAUGUCAGAGACCAAACGCUGUCUGCUCGUAUGAGGCGGCUGUUCACUGUUGGUUCACUGAGGGGAGGCUCCACAUCGUGUUAGCUUCGGUUUGAUUAUUGGUUGAUCUUCAGAUUUACCAAACGUAGUGAUAAAAAGUCAGCUUAUUAAAGUAAUCUCAGUGGUUAGUUCUAGAAACACUCUCAGUCACUCUCUCUGGGCCGCCUCCUGCAAACUGCUGUCAAGCCCUUGUACUGUUUGUAAAUAUGCGUAGUGUACAGACCUGCUAGUGUGGCCUUGGGUUGUUCCGAGGGUGAGAGGGUCAAAGGUUAGUGAUCUGCUGUGCCUGUUUUUGAGAAUGCAUCAUACACUGAAUUUUUUUUUUCUUUGGUUUGCUCCGUGUGUUUUCUUUGUGUUUCCACUGAGAGCUAGUCGGGUCUAAAAGAGCGUUUCCAUGUGUCUGCAUGUUUUCACAUCACAUCCACAGAUAAGCUGACCACUCUGCAAAGUAGCUGGUCAUUUACCGGGGUGCAUCUAGUUCUCUCCACAUUGGGGGUCAGAGUCUGCUCUGCAUUCCCUCAUAAAUCUCCAACAUCAAUGAAAGCAGAAAUGGAUGCAAAGCGGAUAUUGAACUCCAGCGAGUCUCCAGUUUCAAGGAAAUGAAAGUGAAGCAAUAGCUCUCCAAAGUUUGUCAGUUUGUUUUAUCGCUACAUUCAAGUCAAGAAAAGUGCCAGAGUUUUAUUUAGAGAGUCCAUCUUUAAAAUCACAUCAAGCCUUUUGAGAUGUUAGAAUUUGUUUCUCCUCUUUCUUUAAGAUUUUAUCUGAUGGUGCUGUCUGAGUGACUUUUAAAACAGACAAUUUAAAAUCACACUAAUUAAUAAACAAGAAAAUACUAAAAACAAACUUGAUAGUUUAAACGUGAGUGUCAUAACUCAAAAAGAAGGGGAAAAGGUACACAAAAGCAACCACAAAGGGUAACAUACAUACAACGUGCAUGUUAUCUUUAAUUUCUCCCUGACAUUCAUUUCCACAUCGUUAAAUCAGAUUAAGUUCAGUAAUCCAAGAAAACAACAAAAUGCAUGGUUUGACUGGACGGAUGAUACAUGAGAGGCACAAAGCCGUUAGCUGAGACAUGCAGAAGCAUGGCGGCGCUCCUUGUUGUGGCCUGUGUUGUGAAUAUGAUGUACUGAUUGCUCACUGUGUAGUUUAUUGUGAAAAGAUUUGUUUGUUGCUGAAGCGCUACCUUGCCCAGAAGACUUGCAGCAUAUUAACAAAGUAGUGAUCUGUUUUCUUUUGUUUCCACUGAAGUUGAAGUGGGAAAGUUGUAGAAAUAUCCAGGUACAGAACAUCCUCAGGCAAGACGUUUCCUGUGAUUCAGUCUGAUGCUGUUUUAGAGUUUAGAGAAGCUGACGAAGCCGUCAAACAUCGGAUUUAAUCCCUGAAUCAGCUCCUCCUCUUUCAGUUAACUCUUUUUAAUCCUGGAUUUUCACCUGUUUGAAAACAAGUUUGAAACUUCACACCUUUAUUAUGUUCUUUCUAAAUGUGUGUAAAUUAAGUACUGUACAUGUGAUUCUUUGAUGCUUGCGUUUUUUUUAUAUAUUUUUUGCAAAAAACAAUGCCAAAUAAAAAGGUUUCAUUUAAAGAGA